AUGGAAACGUUAUCUGUCACAGGCGGUGGAGCUGUGGAGAGGCCAACUUUGAUGGUAUCAAUUGAGAGAGAGAAAUAUGGGAUACAGAAGCAAGAUACAUCUGAAUCCAUUGUCGGUGGAGAAGAAAAGGUGAAGAAGGAAGAACUGCAUUUCAAAGUCAAGACGAAGGACAUGGAGCGUGACCAUGAGAAGGGAGAGAAGGUCGAGGUGGAACUUGAACUGAAGACCAAAUCAGUAGAGAAGGAAAAGCCAAAGCAUAAGGAGGACAAGGAGGGGAAACAUAAAGAGAAGGAUGAGGAGAAAGCAAAGAAAAAAGAAAAAAAGCACAAGGAUAAAGAAGUUGAAGUAGAAGAAGAUGAAGAGAAAGAUAAGAAGAAGAAAGCCAAGGAGGAGGAGAAAAAGAAAGAAAAGAAAGAGGAUAAGGGGGAUGAGGUCGAAGAUGGUGAAGAGAAAGAAGUAAAGAAGAAGGAUAAGAAAAAUAAAGAGGAGAAGGAGAAGAAGAAAGAAAAGAAGAUGACGGAUGAAGAAGAAGAGGGUGAAGAAGAGAAAGGAGAGAAGAAUAAAGAGAAAGGUGGCAAAGAGAAGAAGAAGGAAAAGAAGCUGAAGGAUAAAGAGGAAGAGGUAGAAGGAGAUGAAGAUGAAGAUGAAGAAAAGGAAGAGAAAAAGAAAGAGAAGAAAAAAGACAAAGAGGCAAAGGAGAAGAAGAAAGAAAAGAAAAGGGAUAAAGAGGAUGAGGUAGAAGAUGAUGAAGAUGAAGAAAAAGAAAAGAAAAAGAAAGAGAAGAAGAAAGAUAAGGAGGAGAAGGAUAAGAGGAAAGAAAAAAUGAUCAAGGUUGAAGGAGAAGAAGGUGAAGAGAAAGAAGAGAAGAAGAAAGAGAAAAAGAAAGACAAAGAGGAGAAAGAGACGAAGCACAAGGACGAAGAGAUAGAAGCAGAUGAGAAGGAGAAGAAGAAACACGGAGAUGGAGUAAAUGAAAUGAAAUGUGAGACUGACGUAACCUCCAGGGAAAUUGAAAUAGUAGAUAUUGAGAAAGGACCGGAAGCUGAAGGAGAGGAAAAGAUGCUGAAGGGUAAAGCAAAAGAAUGCAAAGAGGAAGAAAAAGACAAGAAAUUUGAGAAGAAAAAGAAACCAGAGGGGAAGGACAAAAGCAAAGAUCUUAGCAAGCUAAAACAGAAGUUAGAGAAAAUCAAUAGCAAAAUAGAAGCCCUACUUGAGAAAAAGGAAGAAAUCCUGAGGCAGAUUAAGGAAGCUGAGGACAAGAGCAGUGAAGUUGCUGAGUAAGUGCAGAUAUGGACUUGUUGUGACAUAGCACUAUGUCUAUGCGGUAGAUGUUUUCUUUGUUAUAAUAAAUAAUAAUGGGAUCAUAGGCUUUUCUUUCACCACCAACAGUUUAUAUCCAUCACUCUGAUGUGAAAAAAAAUAGCUAAAAGUAUACACUAUUAGGAUUCGUAGAACUUUAUAAUUACUUUAAUGAUAAUAACGAAGACUUCCAUUUAGCAA